AUGGACGCCGAUCGAGGCGACGGAGAGGCGCGAGAGGCGCGGCGUAAAAGACCCGAGGUGUGGCGACCGGGAUCGGCGGAAGACGAGGACGUGGAGCUGGAGUACGACGAGAGCGCGUACGACGCGCUGCACGCGUUUUCGCACGAGUGGCCGUGCCUGUCGCUGGACGUGAUGAGGGAUGAUUUAGGCGAAGGAAGGGAGGUGUUCCCGCACGAGAUGACGAUCGUGACGGGAACGCAAGCGAUGGAGGCGACGAAGAACGUGCUGAGCGUGAUUAGGGUGAGUCGGAUUAAGAAGACGCGGCGAGACGCGGACGCGGACGAGGACAUGGAGGCGAGCGAUAGCGACGACGACGAGGACGGUGGGUCAGACGCGCCGACGUUGACGGUGGCGAGCGUGGUGCAUCAUGGAUGCGUGAAUAGAUUGCGAGCGAUGCCGCAAAGACCGAGCACGUGCGCGAGUUGGAGCGAUUCUGGGCACGUGAUGAUUUGGGAUUUGAGCGCGCAGUUGAAAAAGGUGAUGACGUCGACGAACGAUUCCAAGGGCAAGAUCGAUCCACCGUCUCGAGUGACGCCUACGCAAGUGUUCACGGGUCAUAAAGACGAAGGCUACGCCCUUGAUUGGUCCUCGGUGUGCGAGGGAAGGCUCGCGAGUGGUGAUUGCGCCGGGGCGAUUCACACGUGGGACAUGGUGCAAGGUAAGUGGGACGUCGGCGCGACGCCGUACACCGGGCACUAUUCGAGCGUGGAGGACAUCCAGUGGUCCCCGACCGAGCGAGAUGUGUUCAUAUCGUGCUCUGCCGAUCAAACGGUGUGCGUGUGGGACACGCGACAGCGCGCAAAGCCGGCGUUGCGCGUCAAGACGCACGACUCGGACGUCAACGUUCUGUCGUGGAACAGACUCGCCAACAGCAUGGUCGCCACAGGCGCCGACGACGGAUCGUUGCGAAUCUGGGAUCUUCGCAACUUUAACGAAACCAACGCGCAAUUCGUGGCCAACUUCACCUUCCACCGUGCCGCGGUGACGUCCGUGGAUUGGGCGCCGUUCGACUCAGCCAUGCUCGCCUCUUCCUCCGCCGACAACACCGUCUGCGUGUGGGAUUUAGCCGUCGAGCGCGACGCCGAGGAAGAAGCCGCCGCGCUCGCGGCGAAGGAUAACGCCGCGCCGCCCGAGGACCUUCCUCCGCAGCUCAUGUUCGUCCAUCAAGGCUUGAAGGAUCCAAAGGAAAUCAAGUGGCACCGUCAAAUCCCGGGCGCGUGCGUCACCACCGCCGCCGACGGCUUCAACAUUUUCAAAGCCUACAACGUCGGCCCCGCCGUGCCGUGA